AUGGACAGGAUUAUGGACCUACCACAAUACUAUGUGAUCGACCCCAGCGUCAGAACUCUACUUCGCCCGAAGCCAGCCAUCCAAGUUGUCGCAAGUCCCAGUCCACCGGGUUGCCCAGAAUGCCGCCACACCCUGAGGGACGUUCAUCGCUAUAACCGGAUUGUGAAAACUGCACUGCUUGAUGAGUCAACAAGGCGGUUUGUCUCCAAGGCACAGCGGCAUUUUACUGAGCUGUACAAAUCCGUCCAGUUGUAUGAAGAAGAACUAGAGAGCGAACGAAGCGUGUUCGUGAACAAGUGGAGAGCGCAGGAUGUUGGUGAGGGCUUGGGUUUUGCUGAAAUUAGAGCAGUGGUGGACGCCUACGAGGCCAAAAACGCUAGGAUCCAGAGAAAGGUCAAGCAAUUCAUCAAGAAUGUCAGCCAAAAUGAACAACCAUUUGGCCGGGUGAAUGCCCUCCUAGCGUCGGCCGUCGCUCGUACUGGCAACGUCCCGUCUGUGAGCGCGUCUCCUUUCGAAGAAUCGGCAAUUCAUACGGGAUUCAAACUGCGUGGCCACUGUUUAGGCCUACAGCUAUGUUGGGCGAUACACUUGGACUAUGAAAAAAUUCGGCAAAAUACCACAGUAUCUUCUGAAAUACGGGCUAUGUUUCGCGAUAAAAUCAGCAACCAUCUCCCGCGACUUCUGGUGAGAUGCCGUACCGCUAUAGAUGACAGCAUUAAAGGUAAGUCUAUUACCCAGCAGGUCCAGGCCACAAUAUAUUAUACGUUGUUCUCUCAACUGUCUCAUAUCAGUACUGUUGCCCAGGACAAUGUCAUGGGCUCCCCUUCCAUUUCGCCAUUAUCGGAGAACGAAAUAAAAGAAAAAUUGGAGGAAUGCGAAAGGCUUUACCCGUUGUAUGAGGGAACGCUAGGUCCUUACAAGAAACUCAUCGAAGACGCCAAAAGAUUCUGCAACGGCGGGACAUUCUACACACCAAUAACAGCUGAGGAGAGGCAACAAAUCUAUCAAGCCAUGGCUGCCCAGUUCACGGGGACCGGUCACUGGUAUUAUUGCCAGAAUCGUCAUCCUUUCACGGUUGGCGAGUGUGGAAUGCCCAUGGAGCAGGCCCGCUGUCCACAAUGUGGCGAGCCUGUCGGGGGCCAGGAUCAUAUACCCGUUCCGGGGGUUCAGAGGGCGGAAGAUAUCGAAGCUCAGUUUGGAGUGGCUUUAGAAUAA